AUGACUACCGCACCACAAAUGCCUGCCAAGGCGUACAGCUCCGAGGAUGUGCACCAUCGGCCAAGAGGCAUCCUCAAGAACUCCAACUCAUUUCAAGGCACAUCCGUCCCGAUGACAGCAAUCUCCCCACCUUCCGUUCCAACAAUCCCCGAACCCGACGAGACCAAGGAGCUCACUCUGCAAAACACUCUGCAAAACGCAGGCCGGCGACGAUCUUCAUCCACCACCCGUUUAGCCUCGAACUCGCGCCGUCAGUCAACAGUCAGCGUCUACGACGAAAACGAGCCUCGUCUUAAGUGGGACGAAGCAAAUCUGUACCUGACCGAGCAGGAGAAAACAGCAAAAAUGAAAAUUGACGAGCCCAAGACUCCAUAUGCCCCUCAUUAUGACCCUACUGAGGAUGAUGAGCAGAUGCGACUCGACGAGGCAGAGGACAGCCUGAUCAAUGCGCAGGGUCUAGUCGUUGACGAGCUAGACAAAUCUACCAAACCCACCCACCAUCGGAAGGCCUUUUCAGACGAUGAAAUUCCUGAUCUUGAGCUCGGUGAGCCUGAAGAGAACAUGCAGAACUUUACUUCAGACGAUCCUCGUGUCUUCCGUGACCGCAGUAUGAGCACAGAUUCGCACAAGAGCGAGAAGCAUGUUCACGUUGGUGUUGAGGAUAUGAAUGGUUCCGAUGCGCCUACUGAUGAUCCGCUCUUGACGACCGAGGAGGCCCGCGCAAAGCACGCUCAUUUUGAGAAGCAGCGCAAGAGGCACUAUGAAAUGAGGAAUAUCAAGGAGUUGCUUGCGCAUCCCGAAGAUUUGGACGAAGAAAUGGAAGACGCCAAUGGAUCAGAGCCCGGUCCCCCGCCACCCAUGCCCCACAUGCCUCAACAGUUCCGCAAUAGUGGACAAUAG